CCCUGGUGAAAAACCGAACUAUCGAUCACUCGGCCCAACCCAACCCAACCCAUCCCCUACCUCGCCAUCGAUGGCGCUGCACCACCUCCGCCACGCGCCGCUCGCGCUCCGCCUCGCGAGGCUCCCUCGCCUCGCGCCCUCCCCUCCUCCUCCCGCCGCCCGCCUCCUCCUCCUCCUCGCGCCGUCGCAGCAUCCAGCUCCGCCCUGGCGCCUCCUCUCCAGGCCCCGCGCGCUCGCCACGGCCGCCGCCGAGGCCGACGACGCCGGCGCCGGGGGCAACGGCGACGGCGACGGCUUCUUCUCGGAGGAGAGCACGUCGUGGGAGUCCCUCGGCGUAUCGGACCGCCUCGCCUCCGCGCUGCACGGGGCGGGCCUCGCGAGGCCUUCGCUUGUUCAGGCAGCCUGUAUACCACACGUUCUCACAACAAACGAUGUAAUUGUUGCUGCUGAGACUGGGAGUGGCAAAACACAUGGUUACCUUGUUCCAUUGAUUGAAAAACUGUGCUCUAAAUCAAUUUCCGCAGAAGAUGGUAAUUCUCAGGACGUUACCUCAGGGUCGCCCAAUAUCGCGUUGGUCCUCUGUCCCAAUGUAAUGCUGUGUGAGCAAGUUGUUCGCAUGGCUAAUUCGUUGGUUGAUGAGUCUGGUGAACCACUUAAAAGUGCUGCUGCAGUUUGUGGACCAAAGGGUUGGCCCACUGUUCGGCCUGAUAUUCUUGUAGCCACUCCAGCUGCUCUGUUAAAUUAUCUGUUUGACUAUGACCCAGAAAAGAGGAGGAGGGAGAGAUUCCUACGUAAUGUAAAAUUCAUAGUAUUUGAUGAGGCAGACAUGCUACUCUGUGGAAGUUUUGAAAAUCAGGUCAUUCGUCUCAUCCACAUGCUGCGAUUUGAUGAAAAGCUACUGUCUAGGAUGGAAGAUUCUGGAAAGGAAAUAUCACUUGGUGAUACUAAUGAAUAUCGUGAGGAUUCAGACUCUCAGAGUGCUGAACUUAGUGCUGACGAUGAGGAAAAUGAAGAUGGUCUUGUUCAACAUAGACCAGUCAAUGUGGAGAAUGCUCAUAUUGGAGCACACAAGAAGGAUUGGAGAAGGGUCAGAAAAGUUUAUAGACGCAGCAAGCAGUAUGUCUUUGUUGCUGCCACCCUUCCGCAAAGUGGCAAAAAGACUGCCGGUGGUGUGUUGAAGCGUAUGUUUCCUAAUGCUGUAUGGGUUAGUGGUGCAUAUCUUCACCGCCACAAUCCCAGAUUGGAGCGAAGAUGGAUAGAGGUCACUGCUGAUACACAAGUAUCAGCUCUUCUGGAUGCAGUGAAAUAUGGUCUCAAGAAUGAAGUUCAUGACACAAAACUUGGUCCAAAUCGAACUAUGGUGUUCACAAACACUGUCGAUGCUGCAAAUUCAGUUUCUGAUAUAUUGCAGCGUGUUGGUGUCCCAUGCAUCUUAUACCAUCGUGAUAGCUCCCUUGAGGAAAGGGCUAAGAAUUUACAAUCUUUUCGGGAAAAUGGUGGUGUGCUUGUUUGCACAGAUGCUGCUGCUCGUGGCCUUGAUGUACCAAAUGUUUCUCAUGUCAUUCAGGCGGAGUUUGCUGCCUGUGCUGUUGAUUUUUUGCAUAGGGUGGGUCGCACAGCCAGAGCUGGCCAAUCUGGGAUAGUGACUAGCCUAUACACAGAGGCAAAUCGUGAUCUUGUGAGAGCGGUCCGUCAAGCGGAGGAGUUGGCCCAGCCAGUAGAGAAAGCAUUCAGCAGAAAAAGGAGCUUCCGCAACAAGUUGAAGAAGCAAGCAUUACAUAAAUCUACAGCAUUAUUAUCUUGAUAUUGUGAUAUUCUCUUUUUCUAUGAAGGACAAGUUAAUAUAUAGUUUAUUGAGUUCGACCCAUUAGUCUUAGUUUUCUCCCUUCUAUUUCUGGUGGAAAAUAGUUUGUAUUUUUAGGAGAUAAAUCUGGGUAACCACAAAUUGAACAAGCAAAGAUGUUAUGGAAAUUUUGACCCUAUAUAUUUGUUCUGUAGUGUUAGGUUGCUAGUCCAGUUUACCCUUUUGUUUUCGAUUUUAAUUUUUCAUCUUGGUUCUACUGACAUAUCCUUAACUUAUCUUGUACUAGUACUAGUACUAGCGAGCAACUCUUUACGAAUCAACUGUAAUA